AUGGGUGCCGGCGUCACGAGCAGCGAGCUCGUGCUAGACGUGCCGCAGGGUUUGGCGGUGAUCCUCGCACGCAAGCAGCCCGGCCGCCGCUCGCAGCUGUGGCGCAUGACGUCGGCCGCGAUGCUGGAGCAUGAGGGAACGAGCGAGCCUCGUGACCCGCGACGACCCGUCGCUCAGCGGCAGUCUCUCGUGCUCGACAUUGACGCGAUGGCGCCGCAGCCCGACUCGUACGCGCGGCUGAUGCUACGCAAGCCCGACGAACGACGUAGGCGCACGCAGACAUGGAGCUUCACAGAGGAUGGCCGCCUGUGCUGUCCGGCGUUGCCGGGGCUGUUCGUCCAGGUGAGGAGCGAUAUCAUGCGCCAGGGAGCCGAUGUCCUGCUGGGGCGGCGGCAGCCGGUGACCAGCGGACUGAAUGCCCGCGGCAUUCCCAUCGAGCAGGCCAUCGGGCGGCAGAAGCUGCGGCCGGGCUCCGGGUGUUUGGCCGUGGCAAUCGUCGCGAGCGGACCAACUCGCGUUCUUCAGGUCACCGACCGGAUGCACAACCGACUGGUGAGUCGACCCAUGUCGGACUGGAUCAUCAUUCAGGAACACAAGCUAAUUGAAAUGGACUCUCCUGAUGCAGAUAACAAACCACAGGUGGCGCCACGAAGAGACCUGGAGGUACACGUCGUUCUGAGUCAGGGGCUAGGCGUUUCGUUAGUCAACCACUUCUCUGAAGAGCUGUGCUACAUUCAUCUAACUGAUAUCGAUUGCGAGUACACGAUCAACAGUGCAAAAGAGACACUAAAUUGCAGCAUCCGCCACAUACAGGUUGAUAACCAGCUGUUGGGCUCGCAGGAGCCUGUCUUACUGCACAUGACACCGAACCCGCGGAAGGACAUGCAGCAGUGCCUCCCUGCUCUCUACAUCACUGCGUGCAAGAUCCCGAGUCAGGAGCGCGUGAAUGCUGACAUAUUCGAGUACCUGAUUAUGUCAAUCCAGCCAAUAUCGCUCAAGAUCGAGGAACGUGUGCUCUGGAAGCUUCUGCAAUUUUUCGGCUGGUAUCAGUCAGACCCUGAGCUUGUAAAACCGGAGGAGAGUGACUAUGAUGCGCACAGGUCGCUGACGAUGGCGACGUCUGUGCACAGCAAACGCUACUACUUCGGCAUGCUGCUGCUCGAUGCGCGACAGCUGCGUCUCAGCGUGCUGACCUCAAGCAAGCUGCCCGCCGACCUUUACGCCAUCAAGCAGCUCGCCGGAAUCCCGCUCAUCGGAUUCCGGGAUGCGGACAUCGAGCUCGCCCGCUUCCAGCGCGGACACCAGUUUGAGACGAGCAGCUUCCUGCUGGGAGCCAUCGUGAAGCAUUAUACGGAGUCACUGCAGAGCCAGGCGGCGGCCAUCUUGGGUUCCGUUGACUUCCUCGGCAACCCACUCGGACUGUUCAACGACGUCACUGAAGGUCUUUCCGGGCUCAUCAGUGAGGGUAAUGUCGGAGGUCUGCUCAAGAACGUCGCCCACGGAGUGUCCAACUCCACUGCCAGGUUUACUGGUUCGUUGUCUGACACACUGGGAAAGGUUUCUAUGGAUGACAGACACCAGGAGAUGCGCGAGGAGAUCAGAGCGCACUCUGGUAGCAGCGGGGCACAUCUAAAGGCUGGACUGAAGGGCCUGGGAAUUGGAGUCGUUGGCGGUCUCACGAGCGUCUUUAUGCAGCCCAUAGAGGGUGCUGCUAGGGAUGGAGUCGGGGGUCUAUUUACGGGGCUUGGAAAAGGUCUUGUUGGGGUGGUAACCAAGCCAACGGUUGGGCUUUUGGACAUGGCUUCUGGUACAGCACACGCCAUCAGCAAAGGUAGCCGCAGCAAUAGCCGGCAAGAGUUCCAGCGUGUUCGGCCGACACGUUGCUGCUCUGGCGUCGGAGGCUUGCUGCAGUGCUACUCUCAGGCACAGGCUGAAGACCAGCUCUUCCUCUAUAGCCUCAACCGCAACAACUACAGAGAAAUGUUGGUUGCAUAUGAACAAACAGGCGUUGCGCAACAGAUCCACUGUCUCAUCUCCAGUGAGAACGUGUACUUCCUCUGCGGCCCACGUCAACAUAAGAACAUCUUUCUGCUGGUGCGCAUGUCAGAGCUGCAGCAGUGCAACCACAGAUCGGAGGGUUGCGGCACCGGCAGCCUGAGCAAGAAGCCGAACGUGCAGCAGCUCGUUGACGUUGGUCAUCCGGCUCACAACCAGCAGUCACCAGCCGUGGAGUGCGCGAGCGGAGCUGUUGCCAGCAAGAUCGCUCACAAGAUCAACUACGCAAAGAACCUCUAUCAGGAGCGCAUGCAGACACUGAUGACCGACGAAGGUCCGGACGACGCGUGGUAG